GGCGCAGUUCCUGGUGAGCUCGGCUGGGCGGGACGAGGGCCUGGAGGGCGCCAUGCUGCUGGACGAGUGCCAGAUACCCCUGCAGGAGUGUGAGCGUCUGGACGAGAGCCUGGCGCUGGCCCUCAAACACCUCACCCUGCCCGAGGGUUGGAGCGUGCUGGGAACCAACCUGAGCAGCACCACCGCGCACGCACCCCAGGAGACCCUCCUUCACUUCGCAGCCCGCCGCGGCCUCCGCCAAGUCGCCGUCUUCCUGUUACAGCAGCCUGGAGGCAGAGAGGCCCUGAGAGUGCCCAACAAACAGGGGGUCACCCCGGCCGGUGUGGCCGAGAAGAAGGGACACAGCCACCUCCAUCAGCUUCUCACUCAGGAGGAGGUCUUGUCGCAGUCCGGGCCCCUGACGAUCUCCUCUGAGGGCGGCGUGGUCCAAUACCACCCCAGGCUCAACACCUACACGCUGACGGUGGGCACCGCACCGGGCUGCCCGGUGCCCAGCCUGCAGAGGGACGUGGAGGAGCUGCGGCGCGUCAUUCGCCACCACACAGAGAGCAAGGGAGGUCCCUUGUCGCAGCCGCCGUUUGAACUGCUGAACGGCGCCCAGGAAUGCAGCACGGGCCCAGGAGCUGUGACGGAAAAGGCCUGUUUGGACCGGUUACAGCAGCCCGCGCCCUGCGGCGUGGAGGAGAGCUCUGAGCAGGGCGAGGCGGGGUUUCCCGGCCAGCCGAGCCGCGCCGGCGACCGCCAGAGCGAGGCCAAGCCCGCUGUCCACCCCGACCCGACGGAACGCCCCCCCAGCGAUGGCAGCGAAGGGGACGGCGCACGCCCUUGUCAGAACAGCGGCAGAGAUUACCAAGCGCGAGAGGAAGGGGAGGAGGGGCUGGCCGCGGCUGGUGUAGGGGACUCUGGGAAGGCAUCAGAUAAAGGCGCUGACACUGCGCAGAGCCCGGCAGAGGGUGAGAGAGACGCUGCGGUUGCACCAUCCUGCGGAAAACAACAGGAGGAAGCAGAUACAGCGCCCGGCGCAAUCAGCGGCUCGCAGGGGGGCGGAGAGGAGCCCCGUGCAGAGAGCCAGGAAGAGGGGAGACCCGCGGAGACCGCAGGACACGUGGAGGACGACCCCGGCGGCGGCGGCGGCACCGCGGAGACGGACAUGGGCCACGCGCAGUCCCAGGAGUACUCCCAGACGUCGGAGCCCGACGGGGAAGAAUGUGCGCGGGAAGUGGAGCGGGAUGGAGUGAAAACGGAAGAAGUCACGAGCGGAGAGGACUCGAGGCGCCAUUCAGUCCAGGAAGGAGAGGGGGGAUCGGAGGACGGAGGCAUGAGCGUGGCCGAGGACGGAGGAGAGGACGGCGGGGAGAAACGGAACGGUGAAAUCGCCUCGGAGUGUCCGAGUCUUUUGCCGAGAUGCUCGAGCCCCUCUGAGGCGGGGCUUAAAUCGGGCACGAGCGGCUCUGAGCCGAGUCAGGAAGCGGCUGCGGUGGAUUGUUCUACAGAAAACGAGUGCGGGGACACUGAGGUGAAGAACAAUUGCACUCCAGAGCUCGAGCGGGAGCCGGGAGCGUGCGGCAAGUCGUGUGCUAGCGCUGAGGUGGAAACAGGAAACCUCACUGAUGAAGCCAGCAGCACAGCUGAGCAGUCAGAGAGCACGGACGGCCCUCUCAGUCAAACAGAGGAUGAGGACGCCCCUGUGUCACAUUCAGUGGCACAAACCAACGAGGAAGCCCUUUGCUCUUCUCAGCCUUCGGCAGAGGAAGCUGACACUGAGGAAAAGGCUAUGGAUGGCACAGAGGAGAGGGUGGCAGAGGAAUGCCACCAGGAGAGCCAGAGUGACUCUCUUGAGACAGAAUCCCAGGAAGUAACAUCUACAAAAAACGACAUCACUUCCUGCUCCUUGCCGGAGGCUGCUUCAGCUAUGCAUGGAGAUGGAGACAAAGGUGAUGCGAUCCCGGAGGUGGCUCCCGUGAUCUCCAGCGAAGAGGACUCUUUCCAGUCUAUCAGCAGCUCCAUAGCCGAGCCCUCGCUCCUCCUGCAGGGGGCAAAAGAGGCAGAGGUCUCCAGGGAAACACUGUCUCCGCAGGCAGCUGUUUCCCCUGAACAGGAGGAAACAGCCACACCCUCACAGGCAGACCAAGCCCUCUCAUGCCCAGAUGUUGUGUCUCCCUCGGAAACGGUCAGCGACGCCCAGCGGGAGGGGGAGUGUCUAGAGGAAUUGGUGACGUCACCCACUGAAGAGCCAUUACCCAGUGUGGGCGCGGUGACAAAGGAGCCUUCUCCAGAGCCAACGUCACAUGCAGCAUCCGAGAGCGACGGACCCCAGACUGAGCAGCUGGAGGAGAGUGAGGCAUCUGACCUCAAACAGGAAAAUCAGGAGGCUCCUGUGGGGUUAGAGGUCAGUGAGAGCGAUUCAGCCACUCCCUCUGACCUAAAGGAGGAGGAGGGUCACGGACCAGCCCCUCCCGAAACACAGACAGAGCAGGAAGGGGAGGAGGAGGAGGAGACUGCGAAGGAGGAACAGGACACCCUGUCCAUCCAGGAGAGCGGCCUGGAGAUCAUGGAGGCUGAGACCACCACCGAGGUUGGUCCUGUAAACACCGGUGACCCGGGUCCAGAGAACGUCCCGCCACUGCCAGAGGGGGACACGCCGCACCCUGACACUGAGAACGAGGAGGGCGCAGUGGAGAAGGACAGCGAGCUGGCCGCGGGUGAGGUCGUCGCACCCUCCGCGCCUCCCAUCGACGAGGUGGAGGGUGACCCCGCUGUUCCAACGUGCCCGGAAAGGGUGUGCGAGACAGCUAUACCCGCGGACUGUGACCCCAUCGGCCCGAGCACCGCAGGGACUCCCAGCUUUGUGGACGCUGCUGUCGUCUCUCCCCUGGGGCUGGAAAUAGUGGAGGAAGAGGCAGAGGACAUAGAGGAGACCAGUCCGGAGAGUGGAGAGGGACCGCACACCACUGCAGCGCUAGAGGAUAAAGAAACUCUUCCAGAAGGGGACGAGGUGGACAGCCGGAGAAAAUCGUGUUCUAGUGACGGGGUGGAGACAACGAGGGACACAGCAGAGAUCCACAGAGAGAAGGACACGUUCUACUCCAUCGAUCCCUGUGCAGACCCUACCCUCCUGGAGAAAAAGCGGAGCUCAGAGUGUCCAGAAUCCCCUGUGUCUCCGACCCCUAAGAGCGUGUGCAGCUCUGUGUCCACCACCCAGCGGGAUUCCUACAGCGACGCCGAUGGCUUCUUCAGCACUGACACGGGCGAGGACAGCGUCUUCAGGAAGGCAGAGGAGCCGGUGACAGGGGACAGCACCAGUGAGGUGUCUGUGUCCUGCUCCUCCACGGACGACACAGCCAGCGUGGGCCCGCCCAGCUCCACCCCGGACAGCUGCGUGGACGCCAGGAGGUGGAGCUCGGAGGAGGUGCGGCAGCCCGGGGGCGCCGUCGGGGCAGAGGCCGAGGAGGAGGAGAAGGACCGGCUGACGGAGGUGCCCGUGCGCUCCGCCAUCCUCCGCUCCUCCAUCCGAUCCCUCUCACCCUUCCGCCGACACAGCUGGGGGCCCGGGAAGAACCCCGGGGGCGAGGCGGAGAUGAAUCAGCGCAGUUCAUUGCGAAGUCUGGGGGAUGGGAAGCCCACCUUUCAUAGAAGAAGUAUGAGCUGGUGUCCCUCGGAAGUCCCCCUCAGUCCCGACCCGGAUGAGAUUAGUAGCAGAAGCUACAGUCUGGAGGGCCUGACUGCUGACAGGGAAGGGGUCAAGGACUCCCCCCCACAGGGUGCGUCCCCGCGGGACCCCCGACGGUUGCCCAGACAGGAGAGCGAGGAGCGAGGGUCGCUGGUGUCCCUCACCGAGGAGGAGCAGGAGUCCGACCUGGGAGAAUGCAGCAGCCUGGACAGCCAGAAAUCUGGAAGACUCCGCCCUGUCAGGCACAGCUGCCCCUCCAUGACCCUGCCCCUCACCAAAUCGGUGUCCAUGUUGGCCAUCAGCCAGAGGGAGCUGGAUGCGAUGGGACGGACUCGGCCAAAGAGGCGAAUCUCCUUCUCCUUCAGCAUCUCGCCAAUCCUCCCCAAAUCUAAAACUGUCUUUUCUAUUGGCUCUUCAUCCAGUGAUGAGGAGGAGUCUGGCAGCAUGAGGACCUUACCCAGCGCCUCUGGCUCCCUGGGAUAUAGUAUUUCUGAAGAGGACCCUGGCCCCCUCAGAAGUGACAGUGAGGGCAAAGGUGUGACGAAGGUGAGCCGGACCUUCAGCUACCUCAAGAGCAAGAUGUACAAAAAGACCAAGGAAAAAGACAAAGACAAGAGCAGAGAUAAAGAGAAAGAGGCCAAGGAGAAGGAGAAGCAAACCCUGAAUGGACAUCUUUUCAGCGCUGUAAACUCCGCCCUCUCGGUCCAGUGCUACCAGUGUAACAAAGCUAUCAACACUAAGGAUGCCUCCUACUGCACAAACUGCAAUGCACACGUUCACAAGGGCUGCAGGGAAUCCCUCCCACUUUGUGCCAAGGUCAAAAUGAAGCAACAGAAACAGCAACAGCAGUAUGCAGUACCAGAUUCUGCCUCAAUGCCUGCCGUCACUUUGAGAAGUAAAACCACAACGCCUCGGGAGCGGCCUUGGUCCGCCAUCUCAGCCCCAGACGACCCCACCGUGAUGAUGGUACCUCGCAGACAUACCAGCAUCAUGCCCUUCAACAGCAGUAACCUGUCCAAGAGCAUCUCCAUUAGCAACAUCGCAGGCCCGGUGUUUGACGAGAUGCCGCUGAAGAGCCUGAGGUACCUGUCCCAGUCCACCGACUCGCUGCACAAGACCAGCAAGGUCAACGAGUCCACCGAGUCCCUGACGGACGAAGGGACAGAGAUGAUGGACAGCCAGCUGAUGGGCGAGUUCGAGACUGAUGCCAAGGAGCUGGAGGCAGAUUCCUGGAGCUUCACCGUGGACAAGAAAUACCUGAAGCAGCUCAAAAAGGACGUCAUCAAGAGACAGGAUGUCAUCUACGAGCUGAUCCAGACGGAGAUGCACCACGUGCGGACGCUGAAGAUCAUGGCGGACGUCUACAGCAAGGGGCUGGUGAAGGAGGUGCAGCUGGAGCCGCAGACGGUGGAGCGGGUCUUCCCCGUGCUGGAGGACCUCCUGGAGAUCCACACCGGCUUCUUUAGCCGCAUCCUGGAGAGAAAGAGGGAGUCCCAGCAGGAGGGCAAGGAUGGCGGCUUCGUCAUCCGCAAGAUCGGCGACGUCCUCGUCACCCAGUUCUCGGGCUCCAACGCAGAGCGCAUGAAGAAGGUUUAUGGCAAGUUCUGCAGCCGCCACAGCGAGGCGGUGAACUUCUACAAGGAGCUACACACCAAAGACAAGCGCUUCCAGGCUUUCAUUAAGAAAAAGAUGAGCAGCACUAUCGUCCGAAGACUAGGCAUCCCGGAAUGUAUAUUACUCGUAACGCAACGGAUAACCAAGUACCCUGUGCUACUACAGAGAAUCCUUCAGCACACCAAAGAGAACGAGGAGGACCACAAGGACGUGACGCAGGCCCUGCGGCUGGUCAAGGAGGUGAUCGCGGCGGUGGACAGCAAGGUGAACGAGCACGAGAAGAAGAGGCGCCUGAAGGAGGUGUACAGCCGCACGGACAGCAAGUCCAUCAUGCGCAUGAAGAGCGGCCAGAUGUUCGCCCGCGAGGACCUGAUGCGGGGGCGGCGGCUUCUCCACGACGGCGCCCUGCAGCUGAAGAACUCGGCAGGCCGACUGAAGGAGGUCCAGGCUUUGCUCCUCUCUGAUGUCUUUGUCUUCCUUCAGGAGAAAGACCAGAAAUAUGUGUUUGCCUCGCUGGACCAGAGGUCCACGGUCAUCUCCCUGCAGAAGCUUAUCGUGCGCGAGGUGGCCAAUGAGGAGAAGGGCCUGUUCCUCAUCACGGCCGGCAUCGAGAAGCCGGAGAUGGUGGAGGUGCACGCCAGCACCAAGGAGGAGCGCAACACCUGGAUGCAGCUGAUCCAGGAAGCCAUGCACUCCAUAGAGAAGGACGAGGAUGAGGGGAUCCCGAGUGAGACGGAGGAGGACAAGAGGUUGCUGGAGACCAAAGCGAAGGAGAUGAGAGACCAGCUGCGGAAGAAGGACGAGCAGAUCGUGGCCCUCCUGGAGGAGAAGGUGAAGCUUUUCCGGGACAUGUGCGACUCCGGGGCGUCUGACGACGGCAGCACCAAGACCAGGAUGCUGUUCAGGGCCAGUGCCGAGGAGGUGCCCAAGGGAGAGCCAGUCAUGAAGGAUGCUCUGAAGGAAGUGGAGACGUUGCAGACGCUGGUGAACGGCAGUUUGGGAGGUGCCAUGGGGCAGCUGGAGUCGGCCAGCGGGGUGGGACCCGUUUGCCUGCCCCGCAGGGCCGAGACCUUCGGCGGCUUCGACAGCCACCAGAUGAGCAUCUCCAAGAACGGGGAGAAAGACGAGGGAGAGGAUUCGCCUGACCUGCGGAGGACAGAAUCGGACAGCGUCUUGAAAAAGGGAGGCAACUCCAACCUGCUGCUGCUACUCAAGAGGAACAGUGAGGUGCUGCACAGUGUCACCCACCUUCACGACCUGCUGAACACGUUACAGGCGGUGGUGGUGCAGCAGGACAGCUUCAUCGAGGAGCAGCGGCAGGCGCUGAGCGAGCGGCCGGCGUCGCGGCCCUCCUCGCGGCCCUCCUCGCUCAUCGAGCAGGAGAAGCAGCGCAGCCUGGAGAAGCAGCGGCAGGAGGCGGCCAACCUGCAGCGGCAGCAGGCCGCCCACGCCGAGGAGCGGCGGCGCCGCGAGCGCGAGUGGGAGGCGCGGGAGCAGGCGCUCGGCGACCGCGAGGCCGUGCUCAACGCGCAGGAGGAGGAGGCGCAGAGGAAGCGCAAGGAGCUGGAGGCCGAGCGGCAGGAGCUGCACGCGCGCAAGGAGGAGUACCAGCGGGACCUGGAGAGGCUGAGGGAUGCGCAGAGGAGGCUGGAGAGGGACAAGGACCAGCUCCGGCGCGAGCAGGACAAGCUAGAACAGAUGAGGAUAGCAGAGGAGAAGAUGAUGAAGCGGACGUCGUCCACCGCAUCGGAGGACUCCCUGAUGUUUCAGAGCAGUGGCUCUUUGGACAGAGACGUCGGGGAGUGCGAGCUGUCCUCCUCCCCCAGGAAGGACUCGCUAUCAAGGUUAGAUUCCAAGCGGAAAGGGAAGAACUUGAACCCCUUCGCCUCGAACCCGAGCCAAAAGGCCCAGAGUGGAGAGAGCCAGAACCAGAUCCCCACCCGGCUGUUGCAGCUGGCCAAGAAGGACAAGAAGGACAAGAAGAAGAAGAAGAGCAAAGGACAGCACUCUCAACCCGCAGAGUCAACCCAUCUUCCCGUUUCGGAUCAGCCUGUGGACGGAGAGAUAUUCUUCUGCUGACCCUCUGUCCUCUAUCCCACAAUGCUCCACUCUUGAGACAACUGCACCAGCUGAAUGUAAGGCCGAGCCGGUGUUGCGGCGCGCGCCUGACGUCGGGGAGGGCUGUGGAGGGGAAAGACAGGAGACGGGAUCGAGAUCCCCAAAACCCGCUCCUCUGCGGGUCCCCUGAUCCUCCUCGGCCUGCUUUGGGAUGCCAUCGUCACCUGUGGACUCCUCUGUCACAGUGCUUGCUCCUGAAUGUUUGUGCGUGAUUCUUUGUUUUUUUUCCCCCAUAAGCUCAAUCAGCAAAGACAUCUGACAUUUCUUUUUCUGUGGAUACAAGAAUGGGCAGUGGACAGUUAACACACUUUUUUUUCCUCACAAUACGACGGUAGUCCGGUUUAUGUAGGGAGUAAUGACAGUGUGCUUCAUAAUGUACACACAGCAUUGCACGUUUCACAGUUCACAAAGUGAAACAAAACGGUUUGUGUAUCUGCUGGUUGCACAAAACCAGUGUCGCCCAAGCUCUUAGCUGUAACAGCCAGGAUUGUGAAGUCACAGUUGGAUGAAGGGACAGCUGAAAAUCCCUCAUUUUACAGCGUAUUAUUUCACAAAUGAAGAUGCUAACUGUAAGUACGAUAUUUAAAAGAGUGUACACCCUACCUAAUAAUACAAUUGUUAGAGUGAGCAAGCCUUUUGAAAGGAUUAUUUUCUGCCUGUGGUUUUUGUGUAAUUGUGUGUCUGCAUACUCUGUAACACUUGUUUUUCUUAUCUCUCAAGAGGAGAUUUAAAUGUUGUGCUUCUCAUUUAUUUUUUCCAUCUGAUGAGUUACUGUAGGUCCAACCAACCAAAGUCAAAGGUCAUUGCUGAUAGAAGAUGGUCCCGCUGUGUUGUGCAACAGGAAACCAGCAGCAGAGGGCAAGUGAGCAGGGAACAGAAAUCCAGAGAGAUGCAGACAGAGAGGGGGAGAGGGGGACACAGACUGAGAGAGGGACACAGACGGAGAGGAAGGUCGCAGACGGAGAGAGGG